AUGGACUCGGACGAAGAGCUGAACAACGGGAUGGGCGGGCCCAGCCAGGGCGACUGCGAGCAGCGCGAGCAGUCGCCGGGCGCAGAGGAUGACGACGAGGCGGGCUCUGGCGCAGCACAGCCGGCCGGCAGAAAGGAUAAGGCCAAGGGGAGGGCGAAGGGCGGCGCGAAGAAGAAGCGCUCGAAGGGGAGCCCGAAGAAGUCUGCCAACGGUCGCCCGACCACGGUGAAGGCUGGGAGACGGCAGUGCACUGACUGCGGGCUGACGAAGCUCCUCUCGGAGUUCAAGCCUGGAUCUACAGUGUGCUUGAAGCCGUGUCUCCGCACGAGGGACAACAUCUAUCGCGCGUGCAAGGCUGAGAACGAGAUCGAGUGGUACGAGGCGCAGAGGUCUUGCCCAAAGAAGUGGGCGAAGCUUAAGAGGUGGUAUCGGUUGAAUUGUCAGGACUUCGCGAAGGAGCACAGCAAGCCGAAGGCUUUCGCCCCGAUGCAGUACAAACAAUCGGUACGGGUCGAGCAGCAGCAGCUCAGGGACGGGGUCAAGGAGAUGAUGCACGAGGUGGCGUUCGUCCACUGGGCGUCGAAGCCCAAGAACUGGCCUCCGCGGGGAUUGUCCUCGAGCGAGGCGAGUGCAGAGUUCAAGAGGAGGAUUGACGACCCCGAGGAGAUCGUGGACUACAUGGGCGAGCACAAGGGCUACGAGACGAGGCUCGGCGUUGCAGUGAGAACGGUCCUUGUGGACCGCGACGCCUACAUCAGAGGCCAGGGGUACGAUCUGCUCGACAAGGCCACGAAAAAAACGACACAGGAGGACAUCGACAGGGCGUGCAACAAGUUGCACACCAACCUCCAGGAUGUGACUGGAGCCAGCGCCCAGUUGGACUCCAAGGGCGUCUUCCAGCUGCUCAGCAAGGGCGCGAAGGCUGCCGACCGCGCCUCUCUCUCGAGCGCGUUUGACGGCCAGCUCGUGAACCUUGGAGGCAUCAAGGGGCUGGCCGGGGCGAUGAAAGCAGCUGCCGAUGAUGGAGAGGAGGUUGACGACGAAGACGUCGGUAGCGAUGGUCACGAGGAGGAGGCGACUGACCCGAAAAGCAAGAAGAAAAGAAAAGUUGGUCAGGAUGGCGGCGAUCAACCACCUGCUGAGAAGAAGCGGAAGAUAUGGGUGGAGAAGGACCUGAAGAUCGCCGCGGCAGUAAGGACACAGGAAACAUGGGCCACUGACAUCUCGAAGGUGUUGCGUGAUCUUCAUUCUCAAUCGUUGGAUCUCGUCAACCAGGUGAACGAGCACAGCUUUGGCGAGAAGUUCAAGACCGAGGUGAACGUGAUCAACAUGCGUGCUCGGGCGUGCAGCCUCGUCCUGGGAUUGGCGGAUCACUCGAAGGCUUGGGAUGAUCAGCCCGAAGAGUUAGUUGGCCCGAUGUUGACGGAGGAGGCUUUGGCGGAGGCCAGUGUUGCUAGUCUUCGUUCCAUGGAGUCGCCAAUGAGCAAGGCUUCCCCUGCGUGCAGUCCUCCAUCGUCGAAGAGCUGUCUUCAGUUGACUGCUUCGCCAGCGGGUCCACCAGAGGCUGCGGCAGAGCAGCAGAAGCUUGAGCAGAAGCCCGACCAGGGGAAGGCCGAGGGCGGCGAGACAGGCGAGACGAAGGGCAAGCAGACGGAGGGCGACAAGCAGAAGGACGAGCAGAGGACGGAGGGCGACGACCAGAAGGACGAGGGCGGCGAGCACGGCGAGAAGAAGGACGAGCAGACGGAGGGCGACAAGCAGAAGGACGAGCAGCAGAAGGACAUCAUCGACAAGAAGGGCAACAACGAUGCUGAGGCGGCCGGCGAGGUAUUUGGAGAGAAGAAGGAGGCUUGCGAUGGCGCUGGCGCUGAGACUUCGACCCUAGCGAAGGCCCCUGACGUCGUGGACAGUGCCGAGAAGGUCGACAAGGUCGCGGUGGCGCUGGCGUCCGGUGUCGGUGGGCCGCCGAGGCGCAUGUUCUCCAGCUCGUUCGAGGACACUGGGGGCGUGAACGUCGACAGGUUCUCGGCGACCACCUCCACCGAGGGCCUCAGCAUCGCGGAGAGGCGCGAGAAGAGGGCAGCCCGCAAUCUCAAGGUCUUCAUCGCAGGGUUUCGGAGUUCGCAGCUGACUCCGCCAUGCCGUUCUUACAGGAGCUUGAUUGUGCUGCAUGAGUACCAGCCUUAUUGGGAGAAGCUGAAGCUCGCCGAGUCCGAAGCAGAUCUGAAACAAGUGGCGGAGGAGGUCAAGCCUUUUAAGAUCGCCCUCAAUGACCUGAUCUCCAUGACGAGGAACGCCACGAAUACGCUGAAGAACGCACUCAAGCAGGCGUGCGAGAAGAACAAGGACGGCGGCAAGGCCAGGAAGGUCGCGAAGGGCGACAAGGCUGGCAUAGCACUUCAGGGCAGCGGGUCGAGGCUCCAGCUGUUCGACCGGGGCGUCGAGAAGGGCACCGCCAUGCCGACCUUCGAGAUCGCGCAGGACAUCCCGGUCAACGCCCUGGCCACGCCGACCCGCGUCAAGAACGUGAGCCAGGAGGACCUCGAUGCCCUCACGGAGAUGGCCAACGCGUUCGCGCCGAAGUUCCAGUCCUCGAGGUUGCGAACCACCGACGGCCGCGCUGAGAAGCCCAUCAAGGGCGACGCCGUCAAGAACGCGAUGUCGGUGCUCCACGCCGUCGUCCUUGACUCGCCCCACCUCCCGUUCGAGAAGAUGCACGCGGAGCUCCAGCCAGCGGUCUUCGGCAUCUGCAAGGCCAUGGAGACGGUGAGCAUCGAGCGCGGGCGGUGCCCAUCGCUCCGCGUCCACACUCAGGGGUGUCGGCAGGUGGUGGCGGCCAGCUGCGCGUCGCUUCGGAGUUUCAUGGAGAGGAACGGGAUGAGCCAGGUCGGCCCCGAUCACCUCCUGUCCUUCUUUAAGGGCAUGGCCAAGGAGUCGAUCGACGCGUUCCUCUCCUCGGGCGGCCGCCUGUGCCACACGAUGGUGUCUUCCGGGGAGGGCGUCGUGAUCCCCUUCAACUUCGUCUUCGCCGAGAAGGUGAUCUCCACCUCGGACGCCCUCGGCGUGCGCCUCUCGUUUUGGAUGAAGUCCGACGAGGCGGCCAUGGAGGCGUGCUCUCGCUGGCUCAUCACGGCGAAGAAGCCCAACUCGUGGCUCCAGAGCGCGGUCGAGUGCGUGGUCGAGGAGGGGUGCGACUAG